AUGUCGCGAUCAAAAGACGAGAAAGCAGAAAAGAAGCGCAAGCGCGACAAUGAGGUUGCAGAGGACGCACCGAAAAAGUCCAAAAAGUCGAAGAAGUUUGAAAUUCCUCAAGAUGCGCCAGCGCCAGAGGAGCCUGUAGUAGAGGCGAAGGCUGAGAAGAAGGAGAAGAAGGCCAAAAAGGAAAAGAAAGAGAAGAAGGCUAAAGAAGUCGCUGAACCUGAGGCUUCAGUAGAAGACGCUGCGACUGAAGUAAAGAAGGACAAAAAGGACAAAAAGUCGAAAAAAAUUAAAAAAACCAAGGAUGUCGACGCUACCGAGGCUUCCCCAGUCAAUGAAGCGGAGCUGAUCGAUGAGAUGAAGGCCUCUGAAAACUUCACCUCGUUGAACGACGACGAGCCAAUGCCUGACGCGCCUGAAGCUUCUGACGAAGCACCCUCGAAGAAAGAGAAGAAGAAGUCUAAGAAGGACAAGGAGUCCAAGAAAUCCAAGAAGUCCAAAGACGCCACUGACGAUGCUGUUGUUGGUGCAGAGGAGAGCAAUGGUGUGUCAGAUAAUGUCGACGUUGAGACGAACGGUGUCAAUGGCGACUCCAAGGAAGCAAAAAAAGAGAAGAAGGAGUCCAAAAAGGACAAGGAGGAGAAGGCUUCCAAAAAGGAGAAAAAGGAUAAGAAGAAGGUCAAGUCUGAGACCAAUGGAGAAGCCUCUGCUGAAGAUGGGUCUGCUGCUGAGGCCAACGGUGACGCUUCGACAGAAGAGAAGGACACCGAAGAGGGUGCAGAGGAUGUCGAUGAGACCCAAGAGGCCAAAAAGGGUCGCUUCAUUGUCUUUGUUGGCAACCUACCCUACAGUGCAACCAAAGAGCAAAUCGAAGAGCACUUUGCCAAGUGCAAGCCCACCGAGAUCCGUCUACGUACAUACAAGAACAAUAACAAGUUCAUGGGUACAUGUUUUGUCGAGUUCGACCGCUACGAUCGUAUGGAGUUGUGCCUGAAGAAGUUCCACCACUCGCUCUUCCCAGACGGCAAGAAGGGUAGCGAGGGACGCAAGAUCAACGUCGAGUUGAGUGCCGGCGGCGGUGGCAACAGCGAGGCCCGCAAAUCCAAAAUUGUAGCAAAGAACGACAAGCUCCACGAUGAGCGUGCGCGUGAUCGUGAAAAGCGUGCUGAAAUUGAGAUGAAGCAGGGCGAGCGCAAGGAGAAGAAGGCAGCUCGUGACAAGGACGGGAAGAAGGAGAAUGCUGAGGCUGAAGCUGAACCCAAGCAAUCUGAGCCCGAGGCAUUUGGAAUGAAUCCUGCUCGUUUAGCUAUGAUGUCGCGACCUGCGGUUCCCAAUCACAGGCAAAGAUACUAG